AUUUCCGAUUUUGAUUUCCGAGUCGUUUUAAUAAUAGUAAUCUGUCAUCUGUGUUUCUACUUUCUGUGAGUCACACGACACCCUCGGUUACAGACAUAAAACAAUUAAUUCGUCCUAUUAUUAAUUAUAAUCCAUGAUUUCUACGUUUUUUAUUUAUUAUUUAAUAAAAUCAAUUUAGUCAUCAAAGUACCAUGAACUUUUUUAGGAAAGCCCCAACUGUUAAAGAGCAACAGCGACAAAAUGACCGAGAAUUAAGAAAAGCAACUAGAGAAAUCGACAGAGAUAAGGUGGCUCUGGAGAGAGAGGAAAAAAAAUUAGAAAUGGAAAUAAAAAAGAUGGCUAAGGAAGGCAAUAAUGAAGGUUGUAAAGUUCUUGCUAAACAAUUGGUACAGUUGAGGAAGCAAAAGACUAGAAUGUUAACAGCUAAUAGCAAGAUUUCUAGCGUUCAAAUUCAGAAUAAAGCAAUGGGUGCUAAUAUCGCAAUCGCUGGGGCAAUGGGCACAACAGCGAAAACAAUGGGAAGCAUGAAUAAAAUAAUGAAUCCACAACAGAUAGCAAGAGAUAUGGAAGCAUUUAAACAUGCAAGCGCAAAGAUGGAUAUGACUGACGAAAUGAUUUCAGACACUUUGGACGAUAUUAUGGAUGAGUCUGGUGAUGAACAGGAAACUGAAGGAAUUGUCAGUCAGGUUCUUGAUGAGAUUGGCAUUGAAAUCAGUGGAAAGAUGGCAAAUGCACCAUCGGUUGCAGGAAAUAGACUUGGUGCAUCAACUAAGGAUGCAGACAAAGACAUAAUGGCUCAGUUAGCUAAGCUCAAAUCAUAAGACUAAAAUUUAAUCUGUUUACAAAUAUUUUAUGUGUAUAAAUAUUGUAAAUAUAAUAUUAUUUUGGGUUCUAUAUCGUAAAGUAAUAAAAUUCUUCACUUAAUACCACGGACUAGUAAAAACAGAAGGAAGCCUUUAUGCUAGUGUGUGUGCGGUUAUGGGGUAUAUCAGUUACACAAUUUUUUCUCCCCUAAAUAAUCAUAUAUCCACAAAUACUUUUAUAGUAUUGUUUUUACACUUUUUCACAACGCACGACUGCAUUUUUGAAAUAUUUUAUUGCAACGCAAACUGAUCUGUCACAGACGAUGGCAAAUCUCAUAAUGACGGCCGAUCGGCUUGUAUUAGCGUAAGUGUACACGUGGGGCUAUGUACACGUUUACCGGCUUGUUUUGGUGCCUCACUGUUAUGUAAGGUGACACGGAGUCCUUAUUUUUUUACUCGUCCGUGCUUAUAUGGGUAUCCAAGAAUAUAAGUAAUAUUCUUGGAUACCCAUAUAUUUUGCAUACAUAUAAUGGAAUUACAUAUAUUACAAUAAUACGUUAUGCACAGGAAAAUGGUUUCGGUUGGAAAUAAAAGAACUGUGAUCACUCACCUUUGUUGUGAAAUUUAUAAAAAAAAAACCUGUUUUCAGACACAUUUCUUUAAAUAUAAUAUUGUUAUAGAAUUGCUAAAAGAUUGUGUCAUUAAUAGGUAUUUAUAUUUUUAUAUAGUUAUUUGCACAGGCUUUAUUUUGUAGUGCAUAGGAUUAAUUAUCACAUAAUAUUUCUAGUUUUAUAUGAUUGUAUGUAAUUAUUAUUUUUAAUUUAAUUAUUAAUGUUAAAUCAGUAUGUUAUGUUAAAGUUCUAUUACUUACUAUUUUUAAGUUUUGAACAAACAUCAUUUCAACCAUGGAUUUGUUGCUAAAGUGAUAUUACUAAUGUACACAUAUCUACAUCGAUCACUUGUGCGCUAUGGGGGAAUAUAAAAACGCACCUAGCUAUUGAUUCUCCGAGCUGCAGCAGUAAGGUUCAUUAUACGCCGGGAGACUUCCACUGCUGGACAAGGCCUCCCCCAAAGAUCUCCACGACUAUCGGUCCUACGCUGCUCUUAUCCUACGUAAUCCGGCGAUCUUGACCAGAUCGUCGGUCCAUAUUGUGGGGUGCCUACCUACGCUGCGUAUUCCGAUACGUGGUCGCCAUUCGAGGACUUUUCUGCCCCAACGGCCAUCUAUCCGUCGGACUAUGUGCCCUGCCCACUACCACUUCAAUUUCGCAAUCAUUUGGGCUAUGUGAAGUCUGUAAAGUCACCGACAUUGGUUCUCCUACGGAUCUCCUCAUUUCAGAUUCAAUCUCGCAGAGAAACUCCGGACGUAAGUCAAGACAUGCGAUAUAAUCCAGUAAACGUGAAAGAUGCUGAUAUCGCGAACAUUGUCAGCUUUUGUUGCUUAUAAAAAUAAAUUUGUACCUGUAAUCCAUUUUUAGGUCAACCAUGCAGGGUGUUUCACUCGAAAGAUUUUUACUUAUUUAAGCUUUAUCUUUAAAUCUUUCAUUUUUUUAGCAUGAAUUUAUAUUUGACUGAAUUAUAUACUGUAUUGGAAACAGAUAUUGUUUUUGCAAAUUGUCGAGUUAUUCCAAUUUGAGUGGAGGUUAAAUUUUUAAGGGCAUGAAAGUAUAUAGUCUCAUUAAUGCAACUGAUUAUACAUUGUUGAUAUCUGACUAAAAUUAUAUUUGCACUGUGAUAAGAACGUGAAAUAUAUAAUGCAAUUUUUAAUUGUUUUGUUUUUUAAA